CAAGCCCUCCAGCCCGCCGCUGCGCUAUGAGGGCUCAUCUUUCGGGCUGGCCGAGGCCGGAGCCGGCUCGCUCUGCUCACGGAGAAGUGUGAAGAUAGAGGAGCGGGCGGGAGCCCGGACUGCGCGCGGCACUCGCGGACCGGCGGAUCCCAGAUGCAUUUUCUAGGAGUAUUUUGAGGAUGAAUGUUUGCAAAUCAUUUUGAAAUUGCCAGGCAGCAUAUACAUGGGAUGCAUCGUGCUUUCAUUCUGGAGUUCAAGUCUGUGGCUUGGAUUUACCAUAGUCGCGUCUGUUUUCGAUUUGUGUGUUAACUAGAAAUUAAGGAAAGACAUGAGGAGAUUUGUUUACUGCAAGGUGGUUUUAGCCACUUCACUGAUGUGGGUUCUCGUUGAUGUCUUCUUACUCCUCUACUUCAGUGAAUGUAACAAAUGCGAUGACAAGAAAGAGAGAUCCCUGCUCCCUGCGCUGAGGGCUGUUAUUUCAAGGAACCAAGAAGGGCCAGGAGAAAUGGGAAAGGCUGUGCUGAUUCCUAAAGAUGACCAGGAGAAAAUGAAAGAGCUGUUUAAAAUCAAUCAAUUUAACCUUAUGGCCAGUGAUUUGAUUGCCCUUAACAGAAGUCUGCCGGAUGUAAGAUUAGAAGGAUGCAAGACAAAGGUCUACCCUGAUGAACUACCAAACACAAGUGUAGUCAUUGUGUUUCAUAAUGAAGCUUGGAGCACUCUCCUUAGAACUGUUUACAGUGUUAUAAACCGCUCCCCACACUAUCUACUCUCUGAGGUCAUCUUGGUAGAUGAUGCCAGUGAAAGAGAUUUUCUCAAGUUGACAUUAGAGAAUCAUGUGAAAAAUUUAGAAGUGCCAGUAAAAAUUAUUAGGAUGGAAGAGCGCUCUGGGUUAAUACGUGCCCGCCUUCGAGGAGCAGCAGCUUCAAAAGGGCAGGUCAUAACUUUUCUUGAUGCACACUGUGAAUGCACUUUAGGAUGGCUGGAGCCCUUGCUGGCGAGAAUAAAGGAAGACAGGAAAACAGUUGUAUGCCCCAUCAUCGAUGUGAUUAGUGAUGAUACCUUUGAAUAUAUGGCUGGGUCAGAUAUGACUUAUGGAGGUUUUAACUGGAAACUGAAUUUCCGCUGGUAUCCUGUUCCCCAAAGAGAAAUGGAUAGGAGGAAAGGAGACAGAACAUUAUCCGUCAGGACCCCUACUAUGGCUGGUGGCCUAUUUUCUAUUGACAGAAACUACUUUGAAGAGAUAGGAACUUACGAUGCAGGAAUGGAUAUCUGGGGUGGAGAGAAUCUUGAAAUGUCUUUUAGGAUUUGGCAGUGUGGAGGAUCCUUGGAGAUCGUGACCUGCUCACAUGUUGGGCACGUUUUUCGGAAGGCAACUCCAUACACUUUCCCUGGUGGCACUGGCCAUGUUAUCAAUAAGAACAACAGGAGACUGGCAGAAGUUUGGAUGGAUGAAUUUAAAGAUUUCUUCUAUAUUAUAUCCCCAGGUGUUGUCAAAGUGGAUUAUGGAGAUGUGUCAGUCAGAAAAGCACUAAGAGAAAAUCUGAAGUGUAAGCCCUUUUCUUGGUACCUAGAGAACAUCUAUCCGGACUCACAGAUUCCAAGACGUUAUUACUCACUCGGUGAGAUAAGAAAUGUUGAAACCAAUCAAUGUUUAGACAACAUGGGCCGCAAGGAAAAUGAAAAAGUGGGUAUAUUCAACUGUCAUGGUAUGGGAGGAAAUCAGGUAUUUUCUUAUACUGCCGACAAAGAAAUCCGAACCGAUGACUUCUGCUUGGAUGUUUCUAGACUCAGUGGACCUGUAAUCAUGUUAAAAUGCCACCAUAUGAGAGGAAAUCAAUUAUGGGAAUAUGAUGCUGAGAGACUUACCUUGAGACAUGUUAACAGUAACCAAUGUCUUGAUGAACCUUCAGAAGAAGACAAAAUGGUGCCUACCAUGCAGGACUGUAGUGGAAGUAGAUCCCAACAAUGGCUGCUAAGGAACAUGACCUUGGGGACAUGAAGCCCGAAGACAUUUUCCCCCAAGCCAUGAAAGUGUCUACACUUUUGUUUUGCAUUAUUUCAAUUAGGGGAAAAGAUUAACUUUGCUUAAUUGAAAGUUUUAAAAUCCUUUUAGUAUUCUAAGACACGGUUGUUUAUAAUUCAUUUUUAGGAAUGUUUGCUUAUUUCCCUACUGAAA